UUAUUAACUGCGUUACCAUUAUUCUGCAUUCGUAUAACAUUAUAAUUAAUAUGAGGGUAACACGAUGAUACGUUCAUGCCCAUGGAAGCCGAGACCAUUUCCAAUCCGAAAAUUGCCUAGACCGGCACCGGGAAUCGAACCUAGCCACCCUCAGCAUGGUCUUGCUUUGUAGCCGCGCAUGUUACCGCACGUCUAAGGAGGGCCAUUAGUCCUAUAUUGUUACGGAUUCUAAAAUGUGCACCUCUAAAACCGACGAUUUAUUAAUACAAAUAAUAUCUCAAUGAUUAUAUUGUAGAAAGAAGGCUCAGAGACUCCACAAGGCCUGUUCGACAGGAAAUCAUUGCCCUUCCACAUGGUGUAUAGACGAGAACUAGAUCUGUGUUUGUGCCGCAUCGUAAUUCAUUUUCGCGUUAAAAACACCAGAGUGUUGGAAACACGCUGAAUAAUGCUGCUGCGCGCUCAAUUGGCACUAAUUGCAUCCACUUUACGCUACAAAAUGGUACUGGAAGCAUCAACACGUGCCUCGCUGGCCACCAGUGCCGCCGUUCAUAGCCUGACUGAAGUCUCUUCCAAGGCGGUGGUUGCUCCACAAUCACCAACCUCAGUUUCGUGCGGUGGUAAAGAUAGUCUGGUUGGAUCGAUGCAACCCAUGGUAGAGAACUACGAGAAUGCAGUAGAAGCCCUAAAUUCACUACAAUCCAACUUCAGUGUGCUCCAAAAUUCAACCAGCAGGACGCAUACAGUGGAUUCAAUCCACAUACAAGAGACGGUGAAGUUUUUAAAGAGGAUUGGAAUUUCAUUGGAAACGCUCGAUCAACUUCCGGUUAUUCAUGUUUCCGGUACUAAAGGAAAGGGUUCAACAUGUUCAUUAGUGGAGUCCAUUUUGCGUUCUUAUGGUUAUAGAACUGGUUUCUUCAGCUCGCCGCAUCUUGUGUCGGUGACAGAACGCAUUCGACUUGAUGGGGUGCCAAUAGAUUCGGCAAAAUUUGCCACUUACUUUUGGAGGAUCUACAAUCGUCUGUUGAACACUAAAGAUCAUCUUCGGGAUUUGCCAGCCUAUUUUAAUUUCCUUACUAUACUGGCCUUCAACGUAUUUCUGCGAGAAAAAGUCGAUGUUGCAAUCAUAGAGGUCGGCAUUGGAGGUAGAUAUGAUUGUACAAAUGUGGUGCGUGGCACAAAACUAUCGGCGAUUACGUCCCUCGGGAUAGAGCAUACGGCAUUGCUGGGAAACACAAUCGAAGAUAUCGCGUGGCAGAAAGCCGGCAUUAUCAAGGAACAUUCGGAUGUUUACACUGUGCGUCAACCGGAGGGCUGCUUAGACGUGAUCGCAAACCAGUGUCAAAAAAUGGAAGCCAAGCUUCACCUUGUACCUGACUUGGAUUUCUACAAAUGGGAAAGGAAACCGAUUAUUGAUACACAUAAUUUGGCCAUCAAAUUAAACACUUCUCUUGCUAUUCAAAUAUCUCUGGACUGGAUCAGACGAACGCGACCAGAAUUGUUAAAUUCAAACGAAGGCUGUAUACCGGAAACAGUCAGCAAGGGGGUCGAGGCCUGCUUCUGGCCUGGACGAUGUCAUAGAAUCCGCAAAGGAAAUAAGCGGAUAUUUUUAGAUGGUGCACACACUGUGGAAAGUUUAGAUAUCUGUUCCAAAUGGUUUCAGUCAUGCCAAAGAAGAGGAAAUCCAGCAGUUUUGAUCUUCAAUGCGACCGGAGAUCGUGACAUGCGAAAGCUGUUGGCAGUACUAUCGAAGCAUGUACAAUUCGACAGUGUGUUUUUUGCGCCGAACAUUGCAUCACAAACAAUAUCCAAUAUAGAUGCAAUCAAUCAUAACUUUCCCAGAGAAGAACAAUUGAAACGCUGUCGAGAAAAUGCUCAACUAUGGCGCGAACUGAUGGUUCAACGAAACUCCUCAAACGGUUGCUACGUACAUGUUUGUCCUGCUCUGGAUGCAGUGAUGGAUCAGAUCGAAAACAAUUACCAGGAAUGUGAUAUUUUAGUGACUGGAUCGCUUCAUUUGAUCGGUGCUGCGUUAACCACGCUGAAAAUGGAAUCACAAGUGCUAGCGCCUCGGUAAUAAAAAGCCGUUUACAAGUGCGUUUCGCAUUUAUGCAAAAAUAUUCAAUGAAUAACGUUAUUGUUAAAUAUUUGAAAAAUAUAGAGCACCAGUUCAGAUGAUGUA